AUGCCUGCUAUGCCUGCCAUGCCUGCCAUGUGGCGGCUUCUGGGAGCAUGCCUGGCAGUUCAGCAGGCCUGGCAGGCUGCGGCCACUGAGGCCACUGAGGCAGCGGAGACUUGUGCUACGGGCCACUGUGAGCCCAAAGAGGGGGCGAGCUCGAGCUCUGGCUCGGGCCGGCAACACUGGUGGCCUUAUCAGAAGGGCACUCCGGGUCGAACGGGCUAUUCGCCAUAUGCCAUGCCCGACAUUACCAAAGGCCCUGCCUGGACGCAAGAGGCACCUCAUGGCGACGUUGUUCGGUCCACUCCGCUCAUUGACGAUCAGAAGAACAUCUAUGUAACGACUGUUGCGGGCAGAACCUACAAGCUCAGCGGCAUGGAUGGCAAGCCCCUCUGGAGUCAUUACACAGGUAGCCGGGGAAGUGUUCCAGGAGUGCCCUCCCUGUGGGACUCGGUGAUGCUAAUGCUCACGAAGAACGGCUUUCUGAUUGCACUGGACUUGGACACCGGUGUAGAAAGAUGGGAGAAACAGAUAGUAACACAAGUGGCUGCAUCUUGCGAUUGUGGGCUCCUGACCCAGGGGAUUCUAGUCGUUGCGGUGAUGGACCCAGAGCCUUUGAAGCUUUGGACCGAUCCGAAUACAUUUCGCUGGAACAAUCGCAUUCUGGGAUUGAGUCUGGACGAUGGAUCUUUUCGUUGGAGCUUCGCCCCAAAGCAACCAACCUACAACUUCCAGGGAUCCACGAUACAUGAUGGCACCUUUGUGUUUCAGGACGUGACCGGUGGCGUCUAUCGGAUGUCUACGGAGGGCCGCUUGAUCUGGCACGCUGCGACACCUGACAGAGUAUCUGGCACAACUGCAGCCGCUGUGAUCCACGAUGGUCGCGUUUUCGCUGUCAGCAACCUUGGUGGUGGGCCUCAGCUGUAUGGAACAGAGGGCAAAGGGCUUCUUCAUGUUUAUGGCUACGAAGACGGUACAUUUCUUUGGUCGCAGGAUCUCCCCUACGAAGGCAACCAAGCUGUUGCGGUGGGCGAUCUGGUUGGAAGCAAGAGCAGGGCUUCUCUGGUUCUCGGUAUGGGCAAGAACCCUUGGCUGCCUGUGUACGCGAACUGGGGCAUGGUGUUGAUUCCGAUUAUCGGCUUCAAGGCGGCCAAGAUGUUUCUCCUUCCCUUCCACUGGUUGAGCCUUUCUUACCCGUCUCUCUUCGCAAAGAAGCAGGGUCGUUCGAUCGUGGCCUUGGAUGCUGCCACGGGCAAUGUCCUCUGGUACCAUGAAAUGGAGCCCUACCAGCGCCCUGCCGCGAUGGGCGAUUCUGAGCUGUUGAUUGAGCGCUACGAUAGUAUAGCGCAUGGAACUAACCCCAACAACGAUCCAUGGUGUCUCCCCGACGCCAAUGCGCAGCCCGUCAUUGACGGAGCAGGCACCGCUCUCGUCCCUUUUCAAGAUGGGAAGAUUUAUGCAAUAAGAGACGAAAAUGGGGAUGGCAAGAUCUCCCCGGAGGAGGUCAAGGAGCACCUGGUGGGCGCGGCUUUCCAGGCCUCCCCUGCCCUGGCACCGGGACUCCUUGCCGUCGUCGACUGCAGCGGCCGCCUUGAGGUUUUCCGAGACUGA